AUGGCCCCUGUUUGUGGAAAGUUACUGGCCCAAGAUGGAGUCCAGGGUCAUGUGUUUUACGGUAGCACCCAGGGUUCAUCUGUGAUAAAUCCCCCGGCCGGAAAUUUGGCAGCAUCAGAGACCCCAGCGCCGAUCUCCUGUUUUCCCAUCACCAGUGAGGCUUCUCUUGCCGUCUGCAUCCUCGCUGCUCUCCUGGCUACGGGGGCCUGUCUGCAAUGUGAGGUUUGCCUUGGACCAGGAACCAGCUGCACGGGCGACCUACAGACCACAAGACUCCUGUGCCAUCACUGUGUUAGAAAACACAGAUUAUGGCCGUCGUUGUGCAGUGGGUGUCGACGGUGUCGGAGUGGAAGGGGAAUAAAUCUCUGUCUCGCCUUCUGCGCAGCGGGAGUGAAGUCUCAGAACAUUACCAAGACCUGUGCGACACCCAUCCAGGGUAAAGCUGACCUCAUCUCUGUCACAUCCUGGAAUGGAGAGACAGUAAGGAUGAACAUCUCCUGCUGCGUGGGAGACGCCUGCAGAGCAACCACGGUUCCACUGCCCCCGGCCGACACCAAGCCCAAUAGCCGGAGCUGCCCUGGUUGCAUCAUCUCAAACUCAAGUUAUUGCCAGCAAGGGACCAUAGAGUGUACUGGAGCCGAGACCCAAUCUUUCUACUCAAUCAAAAGAAUAGGUGGAGAUGACGCAUUCGACAUCCUUCACGGUUGCACUACCAAGUCCUACUGUGCCAUGCUAAUGGAGGCAUUUGAUGUUGUCCCAGGGGACAGUGUAGUUCCAGUCAUGGACGUGUGCACCACAACCUGCGAGACGGCUGACACAGGAUUAGCCGGGCUCUUCCUCUCAGCCCUCGCUGGGAUCCUCCUGCUGACGCUUCUCUCGUGUCUGUGUGGAUGA